UGUAGAGGAGAGUAUACUUAGCUUAGAACGUCAAAUUGUUUAUAUUAUAAUAAUAUUGCUUUAAUGUAUUAUGACAAAACUAUUAAAACUUCUUAUGAACUUAUAUUAACUGGCUUGAAAGAGACAUCAAGAGCUACAUCUAUUCAUGAAUUAGGAAAUUAUGUUACUGUUAAAACAGACUUUCCAGUUAGCCUAUGCUAUCAAAUAAUUAGAAAAGCCUUAGAUAAAGGUCUGACUUGCAAAACUAUACGACAAAUUGGUGAUCUCUAUAUGGCCAUUCCCUCGAAUAUGGAAAUCACGACCAAGUUAAAACAAUUGAAUCGCUAAAAGAGAAACCCUACUGCGUAUAAUUUAAGGAUUGCGUUAGAUGCCGAUUGCAUAAGGGAAAUCAUGAUAAAACCAUUUAACAACGUUGUACAAUCAGAUAAUAUUUUUUCGCAGCAAUAAACAGGUGUUCCAAAGUCAAAUGCUAAUUAGAUUCAACUUUACUCAAACUAAAAAAAUAUUUUGGCGACAUUUUCGGCAGAAAAUUUAUUCUUUUACAUAUAUACAAUAACAAUUAUCAAAUCAAUUAUCAAAUAUUACAUUAAAGCAUAUGGUAAACGAAUGUGCACACAUAAGAUCCUGAUGAUGCUGUGUAUGGCGAUGACAAUUGCUUGCCUGCUGCAGACAGGGGAUACAUACCCUUCCAUUGGACAUUAUGGAAAGAGAUUCGAUCCAAUGAGUGGAAUUGAUUUUAUACAGAUUUGUCUCAAUAACUGUGCGCAAUGUAAAAAAAUGUUUGGUGAUUACUUCCAAGGACAGACUUGCGCCGAAUCGUGCCUAAAGUUUAAAGGGAAGGCCAUUCCUGAUUGUGAAGAUAUUGGAUCCAUAGCACCAUUCCUCAAUGCCCUUGAGUAAAUGCUUUUCGAGUUUAAUUCGCACCUUGCGAUUUUAUUCGCAUCCAAAAGAUUAUAUUAAUCAUUAAAAUACUGAACCUUCUGUCACUUUGCGAAACACAUCUAUCCUGUUAAAUUGAUGAAGCUGAAGAUCAUGUAACCAAAGAAGUUUUAACAAUCUGUAGAAAAUAAAUACUAGCACUUAAAGCACAUAUAAUUUUUCACAUUUUAUUUAAUUGGGGAAUAAUCGUCAUGUAUUUAAUUUACAAUGAAUAAUUUGACCUUUAUUAACCUAUGAUGUAUUUCUGCUAUUUUAAAAUAAUACAUAUAUACAAAAAUGAUAGAAAUGCAUGGAAAUGUCGGAAAUCUAUAUUUCGAAUGGCAGUGUGAAGUUGGAGCUGACUGUCAAUUAACAGUGAAAAUGAAUAUAGCAAGACUAGAAGAAGAUUAAAUAGGACAAUGUAAAGAAAUAAGGAAAGCAUGAUAAUGUAAAAAUUAAAAAAAGCAACGAAAACAA